AUGUUUAAGGUCAGUUAUGGCAGGUGCAGUACGUUCGGUGCGUUUUAGUGAUGAUUUGCCUAGAAUAUCACAUAAAAAUACAGUGACGAAAAAUGUGAUCCAAUCUUAUGAGCAGACUUCUCAAACACCGGUACAACUUCCUCGGGUAUACGAUGAUGCUCUUUAUAGUCCGUACGAUGUAUAUACUGCUGCUAGUAUGGGAGAUACUCCAGUAAUUGAGGCACAGUUGGAAAAGGGAUUUGAUGCAAAUCGUUUAAAUGGAAGCGGUUGGAGUUCGUUAAUGUAUGCGGCUUAUCUUGGACAUGAAACGGUUUGUGCGCUAUUGCUUAAAUCAGGAGCUUUGGUGGAUUUAUGCAAUGCAAGUGGACAAACAGCAUUAAUGCUUGCUGCUACAUGUGGAAACUUAGCUGUUGUACGAUUAUUAAUGCGCAAGAAUGCUGUUAUUGAUAAGCAGGAUAAUAUGGGCGAUACAGCGCUAGCUUAUGCAACUGCUUGCUCACAAGCUAGUAUUGCAGAAGCUUUGCUUGAUAAUGGCGCUAAUCCCAACAUUCCCAAUUUGCAUGGUAUGACACCGACCUUAACUGCAUGCUGCAUUGGACACGAGCUUACACUACUUGCAUUACUGCAGAAUGAUGGUGAUCCGAAAUUAAAGAACUCAAAAGGUGAAGAUGGUGAAGCCUUAGCUUUUGACAAUCCAAAAACCAUCGCCAUUUUAAAGGAUCCUCCGCGGAGUAAAAGGAAGAAAAACAAUACAGAAAAGAAAGCAAUGGAAGUAAAUUCAUUAACGGAAUUGCUAACACGACUCAAGUUAGAAAAAUACAUCGAAAUAUUUGAAACCGAAAAUAUCGAUUUAAAUUUAUUCUUGGAGCUUAACGAUACUGAUCUUAUGGAGAUCGGCAUCAAAGCAUUCGGUCCACGCAAGAAAAUGCUGAAUGUUAUACAGCAGUAUCGGACUAAUGGAACGCUUAUUCUUUGCACAAAUGAUGCGAAACCAGUCCCAUGUCCUUAUACCAAGGAAAGAGGACAACCGGAACCGCAUUCUCAACAGGUAACGAAUGAACUAAUGGAAUGCCAACAGCGUUUAGCAGAAUGUCAGCAGGAAUUAAAACAAGCCCGAAGUUUGUUGAGCGAACAUCGCUCAACGUUAAAUUCUAUUUCGGAAGCUUGUCGACAUUCGCGGAAAAUAGCCUAUACCAUGCUUCAAGAAGUUCGACAAACAAAUGGUGCAGGUGAUACUUUGGAAAACGACGUACUUGCGGUAAUCAAAAAUAUCGACAAUAUUUUGAUGAAAAUGCUGGAACUCCCACAGCAGUGAUAAUACUUGCUCAACAUGUUUUCUAUUGUUGUUCUUUUCAGUGCAGAUUAUUU